AUGAGAUCUGCAACUGUAAAGAAGGCGCUUGGGCUACAAGACUCCCCCCAUCUGCAUGGCAAAAACGUGCCAGCUUACGAGUCCGAUCCAACUGUUCUAGAAUGGCUCCACGACGUCUUUCCUUCAAUGGGACAGGUUGGAGAAUAUUUCGUGGGCUUGCUGCCGUUCAUGCGCUGGAUCCGACAUUAUAAUUUUCAAUGGUUUUUGGGGGAUUUGGUUGCAGGAAUAACUGUCGGGGCUGUUGUAGUCCCCCAGGGUAUGGGAUACGCCAAGUUGGCUAAUCUUCCUGUUCAAUAUGGGCUCUAUACCUCAUUUAUGGGGGUUCUCAUCUACUGGUUCUUCGCAACAUCUAAGGAUAUCACAAUAGGACCCGUGGCCGUCAUGUCAACCGUUGUCGGUAGCAUCAUCACCGAUGUUCAAAAGAAGCAUCCAGACAUUCCCGGCCCGCAAGUUGCCCUGUCAAUCGCCAUAAUGUGCGGAAGUAUAGUCACAUUCAUGGGCCUAGCACGAUUGGGCUUUAUUGUCGAUUUCAUUCCUCUUCCUGCUAUUGCAGCUUUUAUGGCAGGCUCCGCUAUAACUAUUUGCUCCGGGCAGGUCAAGCAGCUACUUGGCGAGACAGCGAGCUUCGACACCAGCACUUCUGCAUAUCAAAUAAUCAUCAACACCCUCAAGUCUCUACCGACAUCUCAAGGAUACGAUGCAGCAAUGGGUGUCACCGCAUUGGCAGCCCUAUACAUUCUCCGAUCGGGCUUCAACUACGGCGCUCGCAAGAAUCCGCGUUUUGCCAAACUGUUCUUCUUCCUCGGCGCUUUGCGCACAGUGUGCGUCAUCCUUGUCUUUACUCUGAUCAGCUUCGCGGUCAACCACCAUCGCCGCAAGGAUCCCGCAUUUGCUUUGGUCGGGACAGUGCCUCUCGGUUUCGGACACACGGGUGUCCCUGUUCUCACUGGUGAUGUGAUCAAGCUCUUUGCAUCCAAGCUUCCUGCCUGCGUCAUCGUCCUCCUCAUUGAGCACAUUGCCGUCUCCAAGUCCUUUGGACGAGUCAAUAACUACACGAUCAACCCCUCCCAAGAGCUCAUUGCUAUCGGAAUCACCAACCUCCUAGGACCUUUCGUCGGUGCAUUUCCAGCAACAGGCUCCUUCUCACGCUCGGCCAUUCAAUCCAAGUCAGGAGCCCGCACCCCUUUUACUGGCAUCAUAACCGCCUGCAUCGUCCUAAUCGCCAUGUACACAUUGACUGCCGGCCUCUACUAUAUCCCCAAAGCAACCCUCUCAGCCGUCAUUAUCCACGCAGUCGGAGAUUUAAUCGUCCCACCCAACACAAUCUACCAAUUCUGGCUCAUCUCUCCACUCGACGCCAUCAUCUUCGCAGUUGGUCUGAUCGUGGCUCUAGCAAGCACAAUCCCUAACAGCAUCUACGCAACAGUCUGCCUCUCUGUAGUAGUCCUAUUAUUCCGCCACGCAAAAGCCCCAGGCCACUUCCUUGGCCAAGCCUGGAUAAGCGACAGGAAUAGCGAGCGUCCUCUCUUCCUCCCAUUGGACGAAACAGAAGCAAACCCAUCCAUCAAAGUUGACAGACCACGUCCAGGUGUCUUUGUAUACCGCUUCUCUGAGGGUCUAAACUAUCCCAACGCAGGGCACUACCUGGACAACUUGGUUCAGACAAUAUUCAAGCACACCCGUCGUACAAAUGCAGAGGCAUACGCUAAGAAAGGCGAUCGCCCUUGGAACGACGCUGACUCUUCCGAUAAAGAUGUUUCCCAUCUACCGGUCCUGCGCGCCAUUAUCCUUGACUUCUCGGCUGUCAACAAUGUCGAUGUGACUUGUGUCCAAAAUUUGAUUGAUGUGCGCACACAGCUGGAUCGCCGGUCUGCACCGGUUCCUGUGCAGUGGCAUUUUGCCAAUGUUAAGAAUCGAUGGACGAAGCGAGCCUUGACGGCGGCGGGCUUCGGAUCUGCACCAUUACAACAAGUAGCGAGUGCUAAUGAUGAUAAGGCUCGCUCGGAUGUCGAAAAAGGCAGUGUCGAUAUGUCUGUCUCAUCUGAAGUGUGUGACAAGCCGACCGAAGAUGGACCUCGCCCUUUCUUCCAUCCUGAUCUGACGAGUGCUUUGCAGAAAGUCGAUGAAUACUUGGCUUUAUAUCCUGCAGAAUGA